AUGGGGGGAGCCGUUUGGAUUUUCGGAUACGGGUCUCUUGUGUGGAAAACGGAUUUUCCGUACGAAAAAAGGCUUGUUGGAUACGUUACCGGUUAUUUGAGACGAUUUUGGCAAGCCAGUGUUGAUCAUCGUGGAACGCACGAAAAGCCUGGAAGAGUCGUUACUCUUGUUCCCUCAGAAGAUAAAGACGCGAGAGUCUGGGGUGCGGCUUACCUGAUUGAAGAAGGUAAAGAAGAAGAAACUUGGGCAAAUCUCGGCAUUCGAGAAAUCACUUACGGCCCUGUGAAAUCAGCCACUUUCUAUCCAAAAGACGCAAAUAGUGACGCUCGAGGAAUAUUUGUCCACGUGUACAUCGCUCCUAGUGAAGGCCCGUUGUUCCUCGGCCCAACGUGUCCCAAAGUGGCUGCUCAGCAAAUUAUUUCUUCGUGUGGGCCCAGUGGCAAAAAUUUGGAAUACUUCCAACGAUUGAUUGCAUUUUUGCGGGAUGAAUGUCCCCCCGGGAGCUUAGAUCAACAUGUAAUAGAGAUUCAGCAUGUUAUCGAUGACAUUUUGCCCGGAAAUAAAUCCUCCUACUUUCAAGAAAAAGCCUAUAAAGAAUGGAAAGACGCGGCUGACUUGGCGUACAAAUCGGAACAAGAAAAGCAGAGGGAAAAGGCCAAGUUGGAUGCUCUUGCCAAGAAACAGGAAGAAGAGCGCAAAAAGAUAAAUUGCAAAAAAGCGUUUGAAGCUUGGAAGGCUGAAAAGGCAGUAAAGCAGAAGAAACCCGUGCCAAGCUCUGGGACAGAGAAUUUGAACAUUCCUGAAGACAAUGUCAUGGAUUCUGAAGAACUCGGACAGCUCAAACGCGUUGAUGCAAAUCCAGAAAAGGCCUUCACCGUGUGGUUGAGCAAGAAAAAUCGUCAAAGAGCCGAGCACAUAAAACGCACACGGAUCCGUCAAGCGAAACUAGAAAGGACUGCGAGAAAUCAAUACAACCUUGCCAAGGACGCCUAUCACGCUUGGAUCUUAUCCCUGGAUUUCCGCGAGGAAAUGGACCAAGAAGUUGAAGAGAAAAUGCAAGAAUUGGCGCUCGAAAGACCGCCUUGGGUACCAUGAAAACGGGCAUGGGCGAUUGAAUGAAGUUAGUCUAGUUUUUAUUGAGCGUUUGGUCAUGGAGGGAAGAAUCUUCGUGAGUUCACUGAAUCUUUUGUUUUGGCGCCAUCGGAAAAAUUUCACCCAUAAAAUUUAAUGUCAGCACUGAGAGAAAAAAACAUGGGAGAAUAUUUGGUAGAUACGUUUUUUUUGCUAAGGAGAAUCGAAAAUGAGGAUUUGGGAAACAAAACUCGGGAAAGCUAUUGCAAUAUGUAGUUACAGCACAGUAAACGCAUGUUCAAGCAGAACUAAUAAUGGGUUGAAAAAGUGAUUCAUCUUUCAGAGGUAUUGUUUUGCGCUUGAUUUUAGAUUAGAUGAUCCCUCUGGGGCGGGAAGAAAGCAUUAGUGAAAACAGAGAGUAGGGGAUCCUCUCACCCAUGUUUUCUAUUGAUUUCUUCGUUCACGUUGGUGCUUUUUGUGUGAUGAGCCUGCAUUGAAAGGAUCUCUUUCUGAUAUUGAUUCAGUCAUGCGUGUUUUCAUCAUCAGCGAAGUAAAAUUUGAUGUUUUUUUUUAUUGUUGAAGAAUUAGGGAGAGAUUCGUCCUAGAAUUCCCAUGAAAUCUCAGUUGCAUUAUUUUCAAAGUACUGUACAUCCAUAGAAAACUAACUCACAUGACCAGGAAAAAAUUUCUGUGCCGUACCAAAAAAAAUGUUGACGCAUCUGAUUUUGUGCAGCACAAAAUUGCUGAAUUUAUGAAACUCUAGUAAGAAUUUCAGUACAAUAUGUUGGAACAUUUCAGAAAUUCAAUGGCGGAAUGUGGGAGACGGCAGGGUUGUGUGUUCUGGAUGCCUUUUGUGGACCAGAACCCAGUUCUGUACAUUCCCCUCAAUUCCUGUGCAAUAUUUUUUAUUUAUUUAAAACUUUGACGAAAUUCAACCCGAAUAGUCCACGCACGUUUCACUGGUGUUUAGUGACGCGUUGUUUGUUGCAAAUUGCUGUGAUAUCUUGUUUGAAUCUCACUGAAUUGCUGUGCACAAAAAAAAACCAUGCGUUGUUAAGUAAAGGAGGAAUGGAUCAA